UGCACAUAAUACCAUAAUUGGUUACUUCACUGCAAGAUUGAAAAGUGCUUUCUGUAAUUUAUAAGAGAAGUUGGUUCAAAAGAAAAAAAUAUUUUCUUGAUUUGUUGUGUUUACACUUCCGUGUUGUGAUCUACUUAAUUAGUUCGGGACUUCGGCGUAAGUGUAAUUGUUACUGAAAGUAGAUGAAACAUAAACGUUGCAUUGAUUAACUGGCUGAUGUAAAAUACAUGAUUCAGAGACAUCGGAAACAGAAGACUUGGUGGCUGUUUGCUGCUGGGGAUUGUUGUUCCAGUAGUUAUAGUACAACAAAUAAAAAGAUACCAGGAAAAAAAACCAACCCCAGAGUGACAUGACGAAUUAAUUGGAUCUUCCCAUUCCACGAAUGAUAUGUGAUAUCCUGGGUUUGAUCUACACAUAUAUUUUAAGUUCUUAGCUGUCUUCAGCACUCUGAAUUAAAGGAUUUUGGUGGUGCGGGGACUGAAGUACAACUACAAUGAAUUUCCAUCACAAGCUGAACCAAUUACUUUAUCAUAAUCACUUUUCUUGUAACACUUUAACGAUGUAAGUGAACAAUAAACUGUAUGAAAUGGACAUUGAAAUCAUGACGAUAAUCAGAUUCAUGGUCAUAACUGCUUCAAGCAGUGCUAAUACCAGAGCUGACUAACAAAAGCUUCAGCUGUUUUUCUUUUUGUUCCUGUUUUGAGCUGACAUCAUCACCAUGUCAUCUUUGUACAAAAGUGAUGAAAACAUUCAGGUCCACUGUAACUCCUUGGAAGAAAGUAGAAAGAGUCACUUGUGGAAGCCCAAAGCGUCUUGUAAUUGUACUCACAGAUUUAGUGAGCCAACAUCAGUGUCAUAUUUGGGUGAACUGUCAGUACAAAAUGAUGAAAAAUCUGCAUCUUCUAGGAACCGGUUGCCUAACAUUUCUAGUUUCACAGCUAAAGCUGAUUCUAUAGAUAUUCCAGAUGAUGGACAGGCAACUGAAGACUCUGUGUUUCCAGAAAACUGGCAUAAUGUUGGAAGAGCAAGAAUACUCCUUCACCAAAGGAGUCUCAGCGUUCCAGCUAAGCUUCCAGAUGUUAUUCAAGAAGCUAGUUGUCAGCCUGAUGAAAGCUCUCCGGAUAUUUUAAGCAAAAAUAAUUUCUUAAAAUGUUGGUGUGGACACACAAGGAAUGUUAGCAUCUUAAAGGUGAACAACGAAGGGAAGGAACAGGAUGCUGGUACAGAAUCAAACACAACUAAAGUGCCAAAGGACAGUAGCUGUAGCAGUGUUGUUAAUGGUAAUGAGACAAAAAGGCUGUUUGAAGGCCAGGUACACUAUGAAAAAUGUUUGAACACAGCAACCACUGGCAGAAGAAAAAAGUCUGUCACUUUCGAAGAUCUAUCAACAGCAGAUAUAAAGAAUUUAAUAUCUCCAGAAGGAAGGGAACGCCGCAAUCAUUUUCGAAGCAGUGGAUAUGGAUCGCUGUCAGAUGGAUCGCGUACCUCGCAGGCAAGCACUCAUUCAACAAUUAGUGAUCAAGAGUCUGUCAUAUUGGAGGAACCUUUGGAGCGACAAAUUUCCCUUAUGAGCUUACCAGAGAUGACAAGGCUUGAUGAUGAUGGUGAAGGCAGUAAUGAUGGUCAGUUUGAGACCUCUGAUAUUGCAUGCACAUCAAUGAUUGUAGAUGGAAGUAUACAUAGCAGUGAUGAAGCGGAUAAGUUUUGCUGGGGGGCGUGUCAUAAAGAUCCCACUGCGAGUGUCCAAAGGGAAGCAAAUGAGGCUCAUUGUCAGGGUCAGUGUACUUAUAAGAAGGAAAGUGAAACUCAGUCUGUUCUUCAUCAGAGAGCAGACGUGAGCGCGACAUCUCGGACACCAGAUUUUAGUAGCACAGCAGAAAUACCUGAUCAAAGCAUUGUUAUGGCAGAUAGGGGAAGAGGCUGCAUGGAAUGCAUAACAAAACAAGAUGAUGAUGAAUGCCUCAGUGCUUCUUCAAGUGCAGAUGAUUUCAAAUUCACUGAUCUGCCAUUCAGGCAGAAAUGUCCUUCUCAAGACACUGUAGGAUCGUUUACUGUCAAGAGAAGCAUACCAGCAGAAGCUUCUUUGUACCAGACAAAAUUUUCUCCAAAAACAAAUGAAGAAUGCCAGCGUGAGUUCUUUGAAAGAAUAUUCAUGGAAAGAAUGCAAAAUUUUGACCCUGCAAAGGAAGAUAUGGCAGAUGUGUUCGAAUGGUUAAAGAACAAUAUGCAAGAAGCCUUAUCACCAUCCCCAAGAAGUCCAUUUUUUCCAACAGAAGGAUCUCCACAAACACUAAAGCAGUUAGUGCCUCCAGGUGUCCUAAAUGCCUUGGGCAUAACAUGUCCACCUGUUGCUGAUGCCAAGACUUUAGCCACAAAAUCUGCUCAAGGAGGCCACAUUCUUCCUUCAUCUCAGUCACAUCGUCCGUUUGCUAAUUCAAGAAUAGAUGAACAAAGGAGUCAGGCAGAAACUUUAAGUGAGUCCUUUGUCAUUUUGAACCCUGAGGUUCAACAGCCCAAUUCCACUACCACCCAAGCAGCAAAACAGCAGACACUUCCAGCUGUUGUAACAGAGUAUGUGAAUCAGCAUGAAAGCAUAUUCUACAGUAAGAAUUAUCCAUCUGGCAGUAGCUUUGGAACUGGUGUUGGUAGCAGCUAUAUGGAGUGCAUUAUCGGCUGCUCCCAGUGUUGUGAAAAGAACUGUGAUGACCUUACCUGUGCUGAGUUGCAGAAAAGUAUAAAUAACUUGAAAGAGGCUAUCAAAAUAGGACACAAAUUAUCAAAAGAAAAUGAGAUGGUUUUGAAGUUGCUUUAUCAACAUUAUAAUGAAUGUGAUUUGCCAAACUGUCGAGUGGCCUGGUGUCGCUUGAUUUCCAGAUGGUGCAAGCAAGGAAGAAAAUCACCAAAAGAAGUCAUUCUGUCAUCAUUGGUCAAACCAUUCCACGCAUUAAACAGUUUCAUUCCUCAAUGGGUUGAAUUUUCAAGAAAGUUUUUGAAGCUGGAUAUCAAUUUACCUUGGAAUAGAAUGCCUCAGGAGGGGCAAGACUGGUUUGUCCAGUAUCUUCUGUCACAAACCCACUCUGUAGUCCGUGCAUCUCUUCUCAGCAGUGGGACUGCUAGCUCAUGCCAAGACUGGGUAUUAAAAAUGACAAUGCUUCAUGAUAGCAACAACCAGAUAGAAGUUUUGGAAAGUCUACGAGAACUUCAGAACUCAGAUGCUAUAAAGGUUAUUGCAAACCAUCUUUGGGCUGCAGCAGACAGAGGAAAUGAUCUGUUGCUCGUGUGUACAGAAUAUAUUUCUGGAAUCACAUUAAAAGAAUAUCUUUGCCAGAGAAGCAGACUACAAUGCCAGAAAGCUGCCUAUUUCUUCUUUCAGAUAUUGUCAGCAACUGAAUACUUACAUGAAAAGAACAUUGUUUAUCUUUGUUGGGAUAGUUCUAAUUUUAUCAUUGAAAGGAGGAGCCACCUAAUCAAGAUGACAAAUCUCACAUCCUCAGUGUGUCUAUUAGGAAAAAAUGCUGACAUAGGAGCUAUUAAGCUUUCACUACCUGCAGACAUAAUCCCUCCUGAGCUUUUUGUAGUAGGAGGUGAGCUAGAAUUGGGUAGUGACAGCUGGGGAAUGGGAUGCCUCCUUCAUGAGAUGCUGACUGGUGUCCGGCCAUGGUACAGUUUGCGCCAUUGCAACUCGCAAGAAACUGGAUUGCAGAUAUUGAAACAGUUGUCAUCAUUAUCUCUCAAUGUCCCGGACCAUGCAGAAAGGUUGCUGAAAGGCUGCUGGGAGAGAUCUCCAAAACAGAGACCACUGCUGAAGGAAAUGAGAUUCUACGUGAAAAGCUAUUUUGAAAAUUGUCAGAAUGGCUGCUGACAUAAUGACGAGUAUAAAGUCCAUAUGUAUAUCAUCUUCAUUUGAGCAGGUUUAUCUAUGCUUCUUUGCAAUUGCUAUAGUUUUCCUACUAUGAUUUUUCAGCAUGCAUUCAUUAUAUAAUUUCUUGUUUAUCAUCUUUUACAAUUUUUUAAGGAUUAUCACAAGGCUAUUUUUGUGAGUAAAAUUAAAUUUUAUCAAGGUUGUGAAUGCCUCAAAGUGCAUUAGAUUUGGCAAUAUAAAAUAUGUAUAUUUGUAAAAUAUUUUUGAUGUAUUUUCUCGCAGGAGUAACAUCUGCUGCCAUUCAUUGAGUUACAUGCAUGGCCAAAGAUUGUCACAAACUGUGCCUCUAGAAUAAUCAUUUUUCAUGAGAUUAUGUUUUUAGCAAUGGUCAAAGGUUAGAGGACCUUGGUAGCAUGUAAUAGUUUUUAUUCUUUAAAAGUACAUUGGGUAAUUAUAAAUAUUACAGUUCAUCCAGUCUCAGGGGUGUGUCCAGUGCAGCUAUUUAUAUUUUCUAGGAUACACAUCACCCUAGAGGCCUGUUUUAUAUUAAAAUCCAUUUUGUGUUACCAGUUUUGUGCUUUUUGGAAAGCUGCAUUUCAUGACAAUUGUCAAAAGUUGAAAUUUUCUGCUCUUGAUGUCUAUUGUUGGAAAAGUAUCUUAUGUAGACAUGUUAGAAUGUGCAACAUGCAGGUAUGUUAAAAUGUAAGUUUAUAGGACCCCACUUGAGAGUAGUUUCCCUCUGUGCAGAAUUGCAUGGUCAAAUUAAAGUUCCAGGAAGUUUGGUAUAAAAUCCUGUACAGAUAACAUGAACAUGCCAUUCCCUGUUGCUUUGAACAUACUUAAUUUACAUUGCUUAUUUUGGGACUUUUGUUUUAACCGCAUCACAUUGUACAUGAUAUUAAGGAUGUUACUUUAUCAUUGAUCACCUUUGCUUUGUUCCUUAUGAGUGAAUUCUUUUUAUCAUCCUGCUGCUGUCAUAUUGGUGUUGGUUGGCAAUUGAUAUCUUUAUUGCAUUUAUGAAGUCAAGAUUUGACACCAGAUGUUUUGUGCACACUUUUUCAGAGAUGAUUAUUAAAUUUCACCUUUGUUUCA